AUGGCGACGCUGCGCAAAGCGUACGAACUGCGGCUCCAUAUAUCCCUCAAAUACGUAACUGCCAAUGUUAUGGACACCAGUAACGGCCAAAUCGUGGCGCAAGUCUCCACAAUUGAGCACGCUCUUAAAAAUGCCUUUGAUUUGGGACGAACCACUAAAAACCCUCAAACUGCUAUUGUUGUUGGUGAAAUUCUUUCAAGGCGCAUCAAAUUGGAAGCUCUAAGUCAUCCAGUUUUGAAGCAUGGAAUACACGCUAAUGUGUGUAAACAGAUCCAGAAAAAAGGGGUUGAAGAUGAAAAUGCUAAUUCUAGGAUUGUUUGGUCUAUUAUCAAUUCUCUCAGAGAUAAUAGAAUUAGGGUUACUGUAAUUGAUCCUGAUUGUAAUGAAGUAUGA